AUGCCCGUCCGACUGCUCGCCUUGGUUUAUGUAUUUGACGUGUUGAAGGUCUCCCGAGGAGAAACUCUCAAGCUCGAUGUGAAGUACAAAGAUAUCUUCAAAGGCCGCUUUGGAUUGUAUCAUACUCUGGUCGGCGAGAAUGGCCAGGAGCUACAUGCUCACGUUGACACUGGAUCGGGUUUCUUUUAUCUCAUCUGGAAGAAUUGGUUCGAGAAAGCCAGUGGACACCCCUGCAGUACUUGUCCCGUGGGGUGUUACGACUGUCCGAAGGCUUGCUCUGUGGGUAAUGUGACGAGAACUGUUGAGUUCCUGGACCAUUACACGGUGAAGACGUUUCAGCACAAGUCUAGAUUAACCAUUGGUCAGGUGUCGCAGAUCCUCACUGUCGGACUGAUAUUCGACCAGAAACCCCCCGUCAGUAAAGUUCCUCCAGCUAACCAAAUAGGUCUUGGCUAUGAUGAAGGUGACGUGAACUUCCCGUCUCUGAUGACGCAGUUGCGUUCAUCAAAAACUGUCACGACCGAGAUCAUUGCUCUCUACUUGUAUCCUCCCGCUGAUCUCAAGCAGGCAUCGGCUGAUGGAGGCCUACUGCUGGGUGGAGGCGAUCCUGCAUUAUAUGAGGGUGCAUUGGAGUAUGUCGUCUUCUCUUCGGCCGAAGAGUAUAGGGUCAAUCUUCGCAAGCUAUAUGUCGGUGUUGGACCUAUAUAUUCUUUAUUCAAUAUGAACCUCGAUCUCGACACCGGCGCCAACGCUCUAUUCGUUCCAAAAUUAUACUACAUGAAUCUCAUCAAGGAUAUUCAUGCUGAAACUGUCAAGGCUGCGGGUACGGAUGUUGUCUUCGAGUACGACUCAAAAGAGAUGCUAUGGUCCUUCCCUUGCCAACACAUGAGCAAGUUGCCACAGUUGAAGUUCGACUUGGGUCCUGAAGGCAUGACUCCAUUCACGAUGACAUACACGAACUAUGCCAGGUAUCAAUAUGGCAUAUGUUUACUUACUAUCGCACUAGCCCCAGGGAAUGAUUGGAGUUUCCAUGACCGUAUGCUGAUCGGUAAUUAUUUUGAGUUCGAUCCUUCUCUCAAUCGAGUCGGAAUCGGCAAGUUGAAACCCCGAUCUCUAUAA